AUGAUGGGAAACCAGACAACAGUGACAGAAUUUAUUCUUCUUGGGUUGACAAGAGAUGCCAAACUUCAAGCCAUGUUGUUCCUUUUUCUGUUACUAACCUAUGUCUUAAGUAUCAUGGGGAACUCUGCCAUCAUUGUCCUGACCCUGCUGGAUUAUCGCCUCCAGACGCCUAUGUAUUUCUUCCUCCGUAAUUUUGCAUUUUUGGAAAUUUCUUUUACCUCUGUCUUUGUUCCCAAAAUGCUAGUCAACAUUGGAACUGGAGACAAGACUAUCUCCUUUGCUGGUUGCUUCACUCAGUAUUUUUUUGCAAUUCUCCUGGGAGCGACUGAAUUUUACCUCUUAGCGGCCAUGUCCUAUGACCGCUAUGCAGCCAUCUGCAGACCCCUGCACUACAUGACAAUCAUGAGCCCAAGACUUUGCACUCAACUUGUCCUCAGUGCCUGGCUUUCUGGUUUUGUAGUUGUUACUAUACCACACUCAAUGACCCUUCAGCUGACUUUCUGUGCAUCCAACAUCAUCAAUCACUAUUGCUGUGACAAUACCAUAUUGCUGCAUCUGUCCUGUUCAGACACACAUGUCAUAGAGGUGAUUCAGUUCGUCCUCGCUGCAGUGACCCUGAUCUUGACCUUGGUGCUGGUGAUUCUGUCUUAUGCAAACAUCAUCAAAACCAUUCUGAGAAUCCCCUCUGCUGAACAGAGGAGGAAAGCUUUCUCGACAUGCUCUUCUCAUUUGAUAGUGGUCUCGCUUUCCUAUGGAAGCUGCAUCUUUAUGUAUAUAAAUCCUUCUGUUAAAGAUGCAGAAAGUUUUAAUAAGAGAGUGGCUGUUUUAAAUACCUCUGUUGCCCCUCUACUAAACCCGUUCAUCUAUACUCUAAGGAACAAGCAAGUGAAAAUAGCCUUUAAAGAUUUGCUAAGUAAGAUUGUGUUUUCUUUUUCAAAAAAACUGAAACUUCAUGAGUACUGA